AUGUACGCUCGACCCAAGCUUUCGUUAAGCAUCUCCGCGGCACAAAAUGCCACCCGGUCGUCAUUUCCUCUCAAGUCGCCUGGUGCUGGCCCCCGAACUCCGUUGUCUCCAGCCAGCCCAAGUGCAAAGCGAUUCUCGACGCUACAGGUGCCGUCCUUUGGUUACAACAACUCCUGCACCUCCAAAAGCAUUCUCAAGAAACACUCUGUGCCCGGGGCUGCCGCUUCUACAGAGAAAAGGAUUCAGUUCAAAGGCAACCCAACCGUUCACUGUGUAACACCAAUCGAGAAUCCAGAGGAGUAUUACGGCACCUACACGAAGCUGUCGCGUGAGGAACGGCGCUGGGUUGUGCGGGAUUGA